AUGAGCUUGAUACUGGACCGAGAAAGGGUCGUCAUCUUAGGGUCAGGAUGGUCCGGCUUCGUCCUCUCGCGAGAGCUAGAUAAGAAGAAGUUCCAGACAGUCGUCGUAUCACCCAGAUCCUACUUUGUCUUCACGCCUCUUCUGGCAUCCACCGCCGUGGGCACUCUCGAGUUCAGAAAUACGCUCGAGUCCGUCCGUGCUCGUGGCAAAGGUGUGGAGUUCUUCCAAGGCUGGGCUGAUGAUGUCGAUUUCAGCCAGAAGAAGAUUGCCGUGGAGGAGCGGAGUGCUAGGAGACCGCUGCAUGCUUCUGGGAAGGCCUUUGAGGCGUCGAGUAUCACUGAGGCUGAUAUCUCGUACCGGGGUAAGAGGAAGGGCAAGGUCUUUGAGCUGGAUUACGACAAGUUGGUGAUUGCCGUGGGCUGCUACAGCCAGACCUUUAACACUGCGGGUGUGAGAGAGAACGCAUUCUUCUUGAAGGAUGUUAGUGAUGCUAGGAAGAUCAGAAAGCGGAUUCUGGAAUGUUUCGAGGCAGCAUCUUGUCCAACAACUUCGGAGAAGCUCCGUGACCAGCUUCUGAACUUUGCCGUCGUUGGAGGAGGCCCAACUGGGGUAGAAUUUGCCGCUGAGCUCUUCGACCUCUGCCACGAAGACCUUAAGAAGCUCUACCCGCAAUUGAUUCCCCAUAUCAAAAUAUCCAUCUACGAUGUGGCUACCAAGAUCCUCCCUAUGUUCGACGCCUCCCUCGCCAAGUACGCCAUCGACCUCUUCCGCCGCGACGGCAUCCAGAUCAAAACAGAGCACCACAUCCAAUCCCUGCGACCCGGUCUUCCCGGCUCCGACAAUCCCGACAAUGACGGUGGCUGCUUCACUCUGAAGACGAAGGAGGAUGGGGAGGUUGGGGUAGGCAUGUGUGUGUGGUCGACGGGGCUUAUGAUGAACCCAUUCGUGCAGGCUGCUCUGGACGACGUGCACACCUACCCGACCACCUCCGCAACUCUGGCCCCCGGGACGGAAAUGGAAUCUCCAGGAACCGAGAAGUGGCAUCUGAAGCGCCACCCGCGAUCCGGAAACCUGAUGGUCGACGAGCGGUUCCGCGUCAAGCUUACGUCUCGGAGCAGCGCGCCUACUGACCAGAACGUCCCAGAAGCGACGAUGCAGGACGUCUUUGCGAUCGGUGAUGUCUCGGCCAUGGAGAAGACCCAGCUACCGGCUACGGCGCAGGUUGCGAACCAGGAGGCGAAGUGGUUGGGUAAGCGGCUGAACCAGGGUACGCUCACGGAGGGUGCGGGCUUCAACUUCAAAAACCUGGGCGUCAUGACAUACUUGGGGAACUGGAAGGCGGUGAUGCAGGCAGACGAUGGCAAGGGCAUCAAGGGGCGAAUGGCGUGGAUCAUCUGGAGAGGCGCCUACCUGACCCAAACGGUGAGCUGGAGGAACAGAAUUCUGAUUCCAAUCUACUGGUGCAUCAACUGGAUCUUCGGGCGCGAUAUCUCGCGAUUCUGA